UGGAGGCGUGAGUGUGCCCUGUCAUUCUGGCCCCGCCUCCCUUAUCCCUUUCAUUUGACGCUCAUUACUUGAAAGAAUCUUCUCGACUGUUUCCAUGUGUUGGCAAACAGUUCUGUAGAAUCCAGCUGCUGGGAACCAGCCAGCAGCAUGCAGUGACAUUGCAUCAUCGGGCCCUGAGGCCAGAGAUAUCAGCUGGAGAGCCGAGAGGAGCCUGCACACAUCACCGACAUGAGAGGCACCAACAUCAGGGAGGGGGCACCCAAGACCCUGUUGGCCAGGGCACUUUACGACAACCAUCCUGAUUGCUCCGACGAGCUGGCUUUCUCCAGAGGGGACAUACUGACGAUCGUGGAACAAAAUGUGCCAGAAAGUGAGGGCUGGUGGAAGUGUCUGCUCCACGGGAGGCAAGGCCUGGCUCCAGCCAACCGCCUCCAAGUCCUCAAAGAGACCCCUGCAGACAGAUCCUGUCCCCUGCUCCUGAGAGGCCUGGACACAGAUCUCACCAGCUCAGAGGCUCUGUAUCAGGUGCCCAGCUUGUUCUGCCCACCACCACCAGGGCCUGUGUAUGAGCCGAUGAAGAGCUGGGUGGAGGGGCCGCCACCACCAGCUACUGCCCAAGUCUAUGAAUUUCCUGACUCACCGUCCAGUGCAAGGAUCGUCUGUGAAAAGACUCUGAGCUUCCCCAAACAGACCCUCUUCGUGCUUCCCAGACCUACGAGGGCCUCAUUGCCAACUCUGCCUUCCCAGGUGUAUGACGUUCCUGUCCAGAGCCGGGUCUCCUCGACCCUUAAGAGUCCAGAGAAACAGCCACCCUACGACACACCCACCAGCUCCAAGAAGGCAACGCUCUACUCCUCCCCCAGCCAGGGACAGAGUGCUGUGCUGACCCCGACAACUGCCUUCAGACAAGGUGGUGGCUACCACACGUUAGCCAGCCCUCCGAAAUCAGAAUGGAUGACUGGCACUCCAGUGUUGCUGGCAAAGGCUGACGUCAGAAGUGUAUCUCUGAGCAGCUUCCCCAGAGAAGCAGGGUCCGCUGCUGUUCCAGGCUCCACCUGCGCCGCGCACACCGGAGCUGUGACCCUCUCCCCACAGCUGGGGAGCACAGAGCAAAAGCAAAGCAGCUUUCCAGAAGAGCCUUCCUAUGCUGUCCCGGUACCCAGGGACUCACUUCCUUCUGAUGCAGGCAGCAGCUACAGGGUCCCUUCCAGGUUUCUCGUUCCCAGAGUGGAGCAGCAGAACACCAAACCCAACAUUUAUGACUCCCCUAAAGCCAUGCAGGGUGUGUCUCAGGCUGGGAGGGAGCUGGAGAAAAUCAAAGAGCUUCCAGAGAAUAUCCCCUGGAUCUCCAGACAGCUAAAUUCUCUGUCUCCUGACUCAGACCAAUUAUCUGUUGCCAGCUCCGACAGCAGAGCUAGCAUGGUGUCUUCAUGCUCCUCCAUAUCCAUGGACUCCUCCCCUGGCUCCUCCUCUGAGGACUCGACAAAGGAGCUGUGGAUGGAUAUGGACUUUGCCAAAGAGACAGCAAUGGCCCUGCAGCACAAAGUAGCCAGCUCUGCAGCAGGCCUGCUACUCUUCGUAAGCAGGACUUGGAGGUUCAGAGACUCCUUGGAGACCAACAUCCACACGAUCCGCAGGGCUGCUGACCACAUCGAAGAAUCCUUAAGAGAGUUUCUGGAUUUCGCCCAAGGGGUUGGUGGGACUGCCGGCAGCCUCACAGACAGCCAGCUUCAGGCUCGGAUUAGAGAUCAGAUCCAAAUAAUCUCCCGUUCCUAUCAGACUCUGCUGGAUGCCAAGGGGAGCCUGGACCGCUGCAAUUGGUCCCUUGAAGUUCUCGUGACUGAUAAAGUCCAAAACAGCCUUGAUGACCUGGAGAGGUUUGUCAUGGUGGCACGGAUGGUUCCAGAAGAUGUCAAGAGAUUUACCUCCAUUGUCAUUGCCAAUGGGAGGCUCCUUUUUAAACAGAACUGUGAGAAAGGAGAGACAGAGCUGAAGUGUGAAAAAUGCAUCCAGCCUCCCCAACGGGAAACUGAGCCAUACCAAAGGAGCAGUUCCUUCAAUAAACAACUGGCGAAUGAACACUGCCUUGAGCUAGUAAAGAAUAACAGAGUGAAUGUCUGUGGACAGAGUCCACCUCCCAGUCGGCAGGGCCCAGACAGGAAGAUCCAUCUGUCUGAGCACAGCAGGCUCUACUUUGGAGCACUCUUCAAAGCCAUCGGUGUCUUUACCAGCAGCCUCAGCAACAGCCAGCCCCCCGAGGUCUUUAUCACUCAGAGCAAGCUGGUCAUCACAGUCGGGCAGAAGCUGGUGGACACGCUGUGCAAGGAGACCCAGGAGAAGGACGAACGCAAUGAGAUCCUGCGUGGCAGCAGUCACCUGUGUGGACUGCUCAAGGACCUGGCGCUGGCCACCAAGAAUGCAGUGAUCAAGUACCCAAGCCCCAGCGCCCUGGGCUGCCUCCAGACAGAGGUGGAAAAGCUAGAACAUCACGCUCGGAAAUUCAGAGACACGCUGGAAUGAAGCCUUUCCUAACUCCUCCUAUAAAGGUCAAUUCCUGGCUAGCUCCUCACCCACAACUGGUGCCACUCUGCCCUGUGGAAAAGCCAGCCAGAUAGGCUGAAACAGCCACAGCCCUUGGAGCUGGUAUUAGUAAGUGACUAAGCAUCGGAAGGACACUGGCUGACCACAAAGAGGUCAAGAAAGAGAGGCAGGUCAGGACCUUGUGAUGUUGAACUCACUGUGCCACAGCACCAACAGUGGGAGUGGCAUUGUAGAAACCGUGUUUCAUGUCAAUCAAAUGUAUGUGUGUGGUUUACAGUCACUCUGCACGUAUUUAUUGGGCAAUACCUAAGGUAAAGGGGCUGAAGUGACCGCGGGGAAUCAGAGGCUCUGCUGUCAGUCAGUCUGACUGGGAAGACAGACAAAGGGACAAAGUCCACCCACUGCUAAUGAGAAAAGAAAGCUGGGGAAACAGGAGAAAGGAACUGAUUUUCAGAGGAUUAAUUUCUGUCAUAUUCAUUAGAAAAUGUGGUGACCUGCAGGGAUUGGUGGUGCCGCCUUUAAGUCCGGCACUCAGGAGGCAGAAGCAGGCAGAACUUAAUGAAGCCAGACCGGUCUGUAGUGAGUUCCAAGACAAAGAGGGCUAUAUAGUGAGAACUUGUUUUUUAUUUUUUAAAAAUGCCCCCCCAAAAAGUAAUGAUAGUUUGCCUUUUUUAUCAGUUAGUUUUGGAUUAAUACUGUGAGAUGUAUACAUUGUGUGUGUGUGUGUGUGUGUGUGUGUGUGUGUGUGUGUGUGUGUGUGUGUGUGUGUGUGUGUUGCUAGAGACUGAAUCCAGGGUUUCACACAUGCUAAGCAUGUACUCUGCCACUAAGAUUGACCCCCUAGCCCCCGAAAAUGUGUUUUGACUAUGUUACCUCACCCCAAAGGUGAUUGUUACGUGUUCUGUUGGGUUCUCUGCUACCUUAUUUUGUAUGUUACAAAUCCUGUAUCAGUCAGUUCUACUGCUCAGUUAGACUAGGCUUAUACUUCACUGGCCUCGAAUCUGUUAUAUUAUUUAUCUAUAAUCAUGGGUUUAAACAUAUCUGCAAGGUCCUGAGAGAUGGCUCAGGAGGUAAAUGUACCUACCAACAAACUCAAUUACCUGAGUUCUAUCCCAGGGACCCAUGUGGUAACGUAAACUGUAAUUUAAGAAAUUAAAACAUGGAAACACA